GAAGCUCUGUCUCUGGUUCUUAGGUUCUGGGGGUGUUUAGAUGGGGGCUCUUUUCUUACACAGAGUCUGACCCAAUGUCUUGCCUGAUGGCCAGUAGUGGCUAGGAUUGAAUGAUCAGAAGCUCUUAGCUACUUUCACUGCUUGGGAGCUGUACUUGCGUAAAGCAUUUCUAGCUGAGUCUUCUGAGCAAGCAGUCCAGGGAAGGAAACUAUCCGCCUUGCAGACUGGGCGGCCUGGAUUAACGACAUGUUCUAGGAGAUGGAGGCUUCCCUAGAGGAGAAUAGAAGAUUUAACAAGGAGAACUAAAUUAGAGCCUGGACUACAUGAAAAACUCUCCUCUCUACUUGAGGACAUCUCACUCCACCAUGUCUGCUAAGGAAAAUGAACCACAGGUGGAGAUCCAGGCAGAGGAGCAACAGACUGCAGCGGACAGGGUGGCUGGCCUGCCCUUGGUCAGCUCUGCCUGUGAGAUGGCCUCUGCCAGCUACGCGGCCACCAAAGAGACCCACCCAGCCAUCAAAGCGGUCUGUGAGGUUGCAGAGACUGGGGUGAGGGCCAUCGCCUCUGCUGCCAUCACUGGGGCACGGCCUAUCCUGGACCAGCUGGAGCCACAGUUUGCAGCAGCAAAUGUAUAUGCCUGUAAGGGACUAGACGCCCUGGAGGGGAAGCUUCCGGUGCUGCAACAGACUGUGCAGAAGGUGGCUUCAGAUGCCCAAGACCUAGUGCAUGCCACAAUGGUGGGUGCCAAGGAUGCAGUCUGCAGCAUGGUCACUGAGGCAAAGGAUGCAGUGACCAGCAUGGUGGGUGUGGCCAAAGGGCCUGUCCAGGAGAGCAUGGAGUUGACCAAAUCAACAGUGACCAGCAGUAUGAACAUGGCUCUGGGGAAAUCUGAGCAGUUGAUGGACCACUACCUCCCCAUGACAGAGGAGGAGCUUGCUAAGCUGGCAACCCCUGUGGAGGGGUCAGGAGAGCAGAAGAGUUACUUUGUGCGUCUGGGUUCCCUUUCUAUCAAACUCCGCCAGCGAGCCUACCAGCAUGCCCUGGGCAAGAUGAGAGAAGCCAGACAGCACACCCUGGAGGCCCUGUCCCAGCUCCAGCAAACCAUUGACCUGAUAGAACAUGUCAAGCUGGCCAUGAGUCAGAAGGUUCAUGAUGGGCAGGAGAAGCUGCAGCAGAUGUGGCUGGAGUGGCACAAGGGCCAGCUGGGAGGCAGUGAGGAUGACAGCUCACCACAGCCAGAGGAGAUGGUGUCCCAGGCUCUAGCCACUUCCCAUAACCUCAUCCUGCAGGUGCGGACUGCCUGCCACAGCCUCCUGCCCAACAUCCAGGGCCUCCCUGCCACUCUCCAGGAGAAGGUCCAGCAAGCCUACCAGAACAUGGGAGAGCUCCAGACUUCCUUCUCCAAUGUCCAAUCCUUCCAGGAGCUGUCUGAGGGUAUCCUGACCCAGACCUGGGAUAAGUUGACCAAAGCCCAGGAGUCCCUGGAUGAGCUGCUGGAAUACGUGGUGCAGAACACUCCUCUCACGUGGAUCGUGGGACCCUUCACUCCUGCUGGAGACUUUGCAGAGCCAGUGGGGGAACCAGCAGAGGCUGAGAAGGCAGAGGUGCUGGUGGAGGCCUGAAAUAGUGGCUGUAUGAUGAACUAAUGCAAUACAUCUCACUAUGGCUCAAAUGGAGUUUAAUGUUCACAGCUAGAAUAGCCCAGCCAUAGUUAGCUUUGGGAUAUGAGUCUGUCUGUUACUUCGCACACUAUGUCCAGCUGUCUGUGCAUAAUGACUCUGCAAUGUAUAUAAGACUGUCUAUUUUGUAUUCAAGUCCCUACUUGCUAGAGUACCUCUGAUGCUCUUCCUGGUGAGGUUUGAGUGGGGAAAACCACUCUUUGAUGCAGGCCCUAAGAUUUAUGGCCUUAAUGUCUCCUCCAAGGGAAUGAGAGCAGACCUCCAAUCCCUCUUAUUUCAGGAACUCCUGCUCCUGAUCUUUGGAAGCCCUGGUAGGGCUUCCUCUGCCCUGUCUUGUUAAGGGUAUAAAAGGAGUGAGGAUAGGACCUUUCUGGUCUUCCUGCCCCUGCUGUGCAGUCAUCUGACCAGAUAUUCCAGAACCUCACACUUCCCU